UCUUUCUUGUUCCAAAACCCUCGCUGAACCCUAUCGGAUCAAGUCCGAGCUCUCACAACCAGACUAGACUGCAGCCUGAGCAAAUCCUCCGUUCCCGAUCGGUCGGAACCCUAAUCGCCUCUUUCUGUUGGAAUCCGACCCUCCAAUGGCUCUCUCUAAGCCCUCGUUCAUAACCCACCUCCGAAUCCUAGCAACCCCCAGCUUGCGCCGCCGAUAUCUUCCGCCGCCGUCUGUCGCCCGUCGCUUCCUCUCAUUCGCCACCCCGGAGGAAGCUGCAGCCGAACGCCGCCGCCGCAAGCGCCGGCUCCGCAUCGAGCCCCCACUUUCCUCCCUCAACCGGUCCUCCCAGUCCCCGGCUCCAGCAAAACCACCGUCGUCAAUACCUCAGAAUCCUAACUCCCCAAAGCUCCCGGAGCCUGUCUCUGCCCUCACCGGUAACCGCCUCAACCUACACAAUAAAAUACUGACCUUAAUCCGCGAGAACGACCUUGAAGAAGCUGCCUUGCUCACCCGCCACUCGAUCUAUUCCAAUUGCCGCCCGACGAUUUUCACUGCUAAUUCGGUCCUCCAAGCUUUGAUCCGCCAGUCGAAAUACUCUGACUUCCUGUCUCUCCACCGCUUCAUCACCCAGGCGGGCCUCGCCCCAAAUGUCAUCACCUACAACCUCCUCUUUCAGACCUACCUAGACUGCCGGAAACCCGAUACUGCAAUGGAACACUAUAAGCAGUUCAUCAAUGAUGCCCCAAUCAACCCGUCUCUCACCACGUAUCGGAUCCUAAUCAAAGGUUUGGUCGAUAACAACAAGGUCGAGCGGGCUUUGGAAUUGAAAGAGGAAAUGGGUGUUAAGGGUUUUACCCCCGACCCUCUGAUAUACCAUUACUUGAUGGUGGGUUGUGCGAAGAAUUCUGAUGCAGAUGGGAUUUUUAAGCUCUAUGAGGAGUUGAAGGAGAAGCUUGGAGGUGUGCUGGAAGAUGGGGUUGUCUAUGGAGGGUUGAUGAAGGGCCAUUUCAUUCGGGGAAUGGAGGAGGCAGCAAUGGAAUGUUAUGAUGAGGCCGUGGGGCCGAACUCAAAGCUCAAAAUGAGCGCGAUUGCAUACAAUUCGAUAUUGGAUGCAUUGAGCAAAAACGAGAAGUUUGAGGAGGCGAUCAGGCUGUUUGAUAGGAUGCUUGCAGAGCACAGUCCCCCAAGAAGGUUGUCAGUGAACCUGGGGAGCUUCAAUGUAUUGGUUGAUGGCUAUUGCUCAGAAAAGAAGUUCAAGGAGGCUAUUGAGGUUUUCCGGAGAAUGGGCGACUACAGGGUUACUCCAGAUGUGUUAUCGUAUAAUAAUCUGAUCAAUCAGCUAUGUGCAAAUGGGAUGUUACCUGAGGCAGAGGAGCUUUAUGGGGAAAUGAGCGAGAAGAAGGUGAAUCCUGAUGAGUACACGAAUGUUUUACUGAUGGAUGCUUCUUUUAAGGCGGACCGACCGGAUGAUGCCGCGGGAUACUUCACUAAGAUGAUUGAUGCAGGUUUAAGGCCAAAUUUGGCGGUUUACAAUAAGCUGGUUGAUGGGUUGGUAAAGGUUGGGAAGGUCGAUGAGGCAAAGUCAUUCUUUGACCUGAUGGUGAAGAAGUUGAAAAUGGAUAAUCCGAGCUACAAGUUUAUGAUGAAGGCACUCAGUGAUGUAGGGAAAUUAGAUGAGGUGCUGGGUAUGGUGGACCAGAUGUUGGAUGACGAAGGGGUUGAGUUUGAUGAGGACUUGCAGGAGUUUGUGAAGGAGGAGCUGAGGAAGGGAGGGAGGGAGGAUGAUCUGGGAAAGCUGAUGGAGGAGAAGGAGAGACUGAAAGCUGAGGCCAAGGCCCGAGAGGCCGAGGCUGCUGAGGCCGCCAAGAGGAGCGCAAGGGCUGCUUUGGCCUCAGUGAUUCCAUCGAAGUUGGUUGGAAAUAAGGAAGGUGAGAAGGACUUGAAUUCCAGUGGGAAUGAGGAAGCAAGCGCAAGGAAAGGAGAGAAUGCAGGGGAUUCUUCGGUGGGGGAAGCAGUGAAGAGUGUGACUUCAGAGGGAAGUGAAAUGAGACAUGGCGAGACGACCGAGCAGGCAACAGCUUGAAUAUGAAAUUCGGAGAAUAAGACUGUUCAAUUGUAUCCUCUGCUUUUCUCCACAAAGGAAGUAUCUGAUUGUGAGUACAAAUUUAUCUGCUUAUAGUCUUGCACUUGGUGAAUACAGUUCCUGGCUUGGUUAUCUCCAGA